UUCUUUGAUUUAUUUUAAAUGUUUAACAUGUUACGUGAGUAAAUGCAUGCCAAUGUAUGCCAUAUUAUUAUUAUCAUUGUAUUUUUUUUUUUUUUUUUCGACAAAUGUUGUAUGUACAUCACUUACUAAUUAUGUAUCAUCAAAAAAUAAUACGCCGUUUUGGAUUAACCCUUGUGGUUAUGACACAUAUAAUAAUGAAGACGAUAGUGAUGCCAGUAUUAUUUAUCGUAUAUUAAAUUUGGCCAAACAAAGUCAAAAUAAUAUUAAUUCAUUCAAAACUUGCUUCAUUAUGAGAACAUUCAAUAUUGAUUAUUUUAAUCAUUAUGAGAGAUGGGCCAAUGAAAAUAAUUCUUGGAUGAUUCCACGCUUACUAAAAAGUGCUGAAGAUGAUUUACCAAGAUCAUUUCUAAAUUCUCGUUCAUUUCCUGAAGAAUUAUUAUUUACUUAUGAAAUAUUACAACGGGUGUCAGUUGGCUUAGAAAAAUUACUUGAAGAUGCUGAAAAAAUUGAUUUCCCUGAACAUCAAUUUUUAAAAAACUUUGUGACUUGCAAGAACAAUUUACAGCAAAUAUUAUGUGAAGUCAAUGAUGCCAUUGAAAUUAAAAGUCAAAUACAACCAGAUGAUAUUACUAGAGAUGCAAUACCAAAUGAAGUUCGACAAGAAAGCAGUACUGCUAAAAGACAUCUUGUAAAUUCUUUGAUUUUUCGAGAUUAUAUGAUCGCUAUUAAGUAUUUAAUCAAUACCUAUGAAAGUUUUGGUUAAAUAAUAAUGUUGUUAUUUCUAAAUCAGUGAGUUAAAA